AACAACUGUUACAAUAAAAGCAAUUGAAGUUGGUUUAAGAAAACCAGAUGCUAUUAUUUGUUUUUAUACACCAUUUCUUCUUUGUUAUAGUCUAUCACCAUCUCGAUUAUUGGCUAUUAUGGAUCCACUAUUAAACACGAGUUUCCUAUGGCGUUGUCUUGCCGCAUAUGCUGGAAUUAAGUAUGAUUAUGAAUCACCUAGUAGUAAUCUUUCUUUAUCAAAACCUACUAUUGAUAAGACGCGUGAAAAACGACGUAGCAUUAGUAGCGACAGAUCAUCAUAUCAAAUUGUACCUGAAGAAGAAGAUGUAUCUGACUCUAUACAACCCGAUGUUAAAGACAUUUAUCAUGCUCGAUUAAUUGAUAUAAUGGGUUCGCGUCAAGCAUAUCUUCUUCGAAAAUUACGUGAAUCAUCAUUUCUAACUCAUCCACAUAUGUCACCUUUGCUCGCUUCCGAUGAUAUUUUACGACAAUUUCCAACAACUUAUCUUAUUGUAAGUUUUUAAUUUCCAUUGCUUCAAUUAACUACUUUUUCUUCUUAUUGAAACCUAUAUCAACGAACUAAAAGUUCUUAUUCCAGUGAAAUCUCUAAUAAUGAACACUUCCCUUCUUAGUCUCUAUUACUGCAUUAACCUCUUUUAGUAGUCUUGUUGUCUUCAUAUGAGUUCUAUCUAUCAUUCGUCUCUCUCUUUCUAUAUGUAUAGACAUUGCCUCAAAGUUUGAAAAAUUUAUAUGUCUUUCUACAGUACAUUCGUUCUGGACGGGUUUAAACAUGAGAUACAGAACUAGGUAAAACUAUUCAAUUAUUGAGCUAAUUCAAGUUGUCACAAAUCA